AUGGCCGCUGCACCGAAAGAGGCAGAAAAUACCAUUGAUCUGGAGGAAAUCCACAUGGAGAGACAAGAACCCCCAAAAGGACAGAUGACAUUUACAGUGGAAGAAGCUGUGGAAACCAUUGGGUUCGGGAGGUUCCACAUUGUGCUUUUCCUGAUCAUGGGCAGCACUGGGGUGGCUGAAGCCAUGGAGAUCAUGCUAAUAGCUGUUGUGUCCCCUCUCAUCCGAUGUGAGUGGCAGCUUCAAGACUGGCAGGUGGCUUUAGUGACAACGAUGGUGUUUUUUGGCUACAUGGUCUUCAGCAUAGUGCUCGGGCUCCUGGCCGACAGGUAUGGCCGCUGGAAGAUUCUGCUGCUCUCAUUCCUCUGGGCAGCCUAUUUCUCCCUGCUGACCUCCUUUGCCCCAUCCUACACCUGGUUCGUGUUCUUGCGGGCCAUGGUAGGAGGUGGUGUGUCGGGCCACGCACAAGGGCUUAUCAUAAAAACGGAAUUUUUGCCCACAAAAUACAGAGGAUACAUGUUGCCCUUAUCUCAGGUGUUUUGGUUGGCAGGAUCCAUGUUAAUCAUUGGCCUGGCAUCGGUGGUGAACCCAACCAUCGGUUGGCGGUGGCUCAUCAGAAUCGCCUCCAUCCCUGGCAUCCUUCUCAUCCUGGUGUUCAAGUUCAUCCCAGAGUCGGCGCGGUACAACAUAUCCACAGGGAAUGUGGCCACUGCUCUGGCCACGCUGCAGAGGAUAGCCAAGAUGAACGGGGCGGUGAUGCCUGAGGGGGUGCUGAGGGAGCCUGCCAAGGAAAGGAGAGGAAGAUUCAAGGACCUCAUCCACCCCAAAUACCUCAGAACUACUUUGCAGAUAUGGAUCAUAUGGCUUGGCAUAGCUUUUGCUUACUACGGUGUCAUCUUGGCCAGCGCCGAGUUAGUGGAGCGUGACCUCGUCUGUGGCUCCGCGGCACCACCGGUGCAGGACUCCAGCGACGACUCCGAGGAGAGACGCAGCCCCUGCCACUGCCGCCUCUUUAGGCCCGCUGCUUACCAGACCAUGAUCAUCAGCACCGUCGGAGAGAUCGCACUAAAUCCUUUGAACAUUCUUGGCAUCAAUUUCCUUGGAAGACGGCUGAGCCUGAGUAUCACCAUGGGAUGUACGGCCCUAUUCUUUCUUCUCCUUAAUAUCUGCACCUCGAGCGCAGGCAUGACUGGGUUUCUCUUCAUGCUGCGGGCCUUGGUUUCAGCCAACUUCAACACCAUCUACAUUUACACAGCAGAGGUUUAUCCUACAACAAUGCGAGCCCUGGGGAUGGGAACAAGUGGGUCACUGUGCCGUCUUGGAGCUAUGGUGGCCCCAUUUAUAUCGCAAGUCCUUAUGAAUGCUUCUUUCAUUGGGGCCCUGUGUCUUUUCUCAUCUGUGUGCGUCAUCUGUGCAAUCUCUGCGUUCACACUGCCCAUCGAGACCAGGGGCAGGGCACUGCAGGUUUGUAUUACCACUCCAGGAGCUCCUGCUAAAUGCUAUUCUAAAUGCUCUUUAGAAACUAGUAGAUUAUGAUUCAGCUGGAAUCCAAACCAAACUCUCCUGAGGAUUAAUAAGCCAAAGAAAGGCCUGACCGGCAAGCACAAGAACGUGCUGUGGCAGCAGCUUAAAGCACUGUCACCCCACUUGACUAAAGCUCAUUUCGCAUAAAAGAACAAACCAGCGUGCCUGCCCUAGCCUCAGCUACCUCAUGGAAGCGUGUUAGCUUCAGCUAGCGCAAGCCUCACUUUGCUAUUACUUUUCCAGCCCCUACUUGAAGUUGCUGCUUCACAGGCACAUAUUCUGGUCUGCCAGUGCUGCAGGAAGAAACGACAGCAGAUGCAUGUAACACCUUCCACUACUAAAGCCAUUUCUUCACAAAUUCAAGUCAAAAGAUCCAACUGUAUCAGUAUGUUAGCCAAGCCCUUGUGGCUAGUGUUUCCUACAAAGCAAUCAGAGAAAACAUUAAGCACAAAGAUUAAGGGGGAAAUUUUCAAUUCAGACAGCCUCUCUUGCACAAGCUUCAUUAGUUUAAUUACAGGAGGUGGUGAGCAGUUCUGUGAUUCUAGUCGGUUCAGCUAUACCAGCAUGGACCUUUUCAAAUCAUGCACACAGCAUGUCCCCGUCACGCUGCCUGUUAUUCUGCAGUCUUACCUGUAUAAACCAGAAGACCAUGGGCUAAAAAAAUCCAUGUUCAUCAGUGGCUCAGAGCAGGACAGAUGUUUGAUCAAGCUGGUUUAUGUGGGCUUCAGAACUACGCUUUUGAAAAACCAUACAUACAAACACACAUAUUACAUAUGUAAACACACUUAACUUCAUUGGGUCCCAUCUAAGGUUUCCCCACUGGGACCUUAAGGUUUUCAGAAAAACAACAUAUUAAUCAUUGCUUGCUUCUUUAAAUGGUUACCUUUCGGAAAUGCUUGUCUUCUAUGUUUUUAUGCCGUUUAAAAUAUCUAUGUGAUACUUUGUAAAAGACAUGGGG